AUGCACAUCUGCGGUCGCGAGGGAAAUUUGCCACAAGAUGCCCAAAACCUUGAGAUUUUGGCACACGGAAUGACGGUCAAACUCUGGGAUAUGGCGGGAUGGGAGGUCAGGAUACAAAAGGAGUCAGAUUACCACAUUCCCGAUUGGUACUUUAUUGGGGGACCCUGUGGACAUUGGCAAUUGCAGGUGAGCCCGUUCUUCCGCUGGCUCGCAACCGUCAACGCGCUCGAUGUAUGGGGGGAUGGGUAUGACUACACUCGACGCUGGUGGAAUGUCUUCCGCAAGAUUCGACUCAAUUAUCGAGGCAGCCUCGACCAGCUAGUAUUGUACGGGGGCUUUGUGACGGAUGCUGCGUGGCACGAUGCAGACGAGAUGCGCGAUUUUUUGCUGGUCAUCUGUCCGGCAAGAGUUCAGCAACGAGGAUUGGUGCACCUCAUUGAAGCCGUCCGGUACUGGGAGUUGGAUGAUCCUGACAAUGAUGAUGAUCCUCAGGCCAUCAAGCCAGCAAAAUGCUUGGAGCACCUCGCGAGGAGGCUUGAACACGACCACGAUGGGUUCAUGGAAGGUGUGGAUGGGAUCGAGGCGGAAAGAAUGAAGCAAUGGGUCGAUAAUGCCCUCGAGGACUCCCAGCGACCAACGGCACUGCAAUUCUUCCAAAUAUGUGUAUAUGGAAAAUCGUUCCACGUUGCCUCCGUAUGGCAGCCGUCCGAUGGAAUCAGCCUUCACGCCCAGUUGCUGAUAUACAUUUUUGACAAC